AUGAGUGAAUUCGAAACAGAAGAACAAAUAUUAGCUAGACAUAGGAAAGAAAACAGAGACUUAGAAUUAUACGCUAGAGGAUCAACUGGCACUGAUGCUCCAACUCAAGAAAAUAAUGCUGAAGAUGAUGAUGAUGAUGAACUAACGCCAGAAAAAUUAUUAGCUCAAUUAGAACUAGAAAAGAAAGAAGAAGAAGAAAAAAACAAACCAAAAGAGCAACCACAACACCAAGAACAACAACAACAAACAAAGGGACCAAAGCGUAAUCGUCAAAAAGAAAGAUUAGCUAAAAGACAAGCUGCAUUAGAUGAACAAAGAAAAGAAGCUGAAAAAGAAGCUGAAUUACAACCAGAUUUAAAAGGUAUUGAAGAUGAAAACAUCAAAUCAUUAUGCUCUAUUGCAAAAGUGAAAGAAUUUGAUAUCAAACCAGAUGGUAAUUGUUUAUUCGCAUCUAUAGCUGAUCAAUUAAAAUUACGUCAAGGUAUUGAAGUUAGUAUUCAAGAAUUAAGAACCAAAUCAGCAAAUCAUAUUAGAUCAGACCCAGAUACUUUCAUUCCAUAUCUUUUUGAUGAAGAAACUAUGAGUUUGAAAAACAUUGAUGAAUAUACUGAAAAAAUUGAAAAAACAGCAGCUUGGGGUAGUGAUUUAGAAAUUCUAGCCUUAGCUAAAGAAUAUGAUAGCCCAAUCUCUGUGAUGAUGAGUGGUAGAUCUACCUUGAAGAUCUAUGAAGAAGGUCGUAAUGAAGAGUUGAAGCUAGUUUAUUACAAGCACAGUUAUGCUCUUGGUGAACAUUACAAUUCUCUUCAUGAUUUGGAAUAA